UUCUCCCUUCGUCGCUCUCGUUCCUCGAAUUCCGCGAGGCGCUCCCUCAUUCGAGACAGUUCUCGAAGGAGGACCUUGCUGGCCCGUCCUUCCUCAGGAUUCCGUUCCAACAUCGGGCGGUCGCGUGAGUCCCGCUCUUUAUUAACUGUCCCACUGCCUACUGUUGGGUCGCGGUUAUGCUGCGCCUGUCCUCGACGGUUUCCCGGUGACACGCCUACGGAG